AGUGAAGGUGAGGUAUAUAUAAAGGGAAAGGAGAAAUGAAUGAGCUCACAAAGGAAAUGGGUUCAAUUUAAUCCCUUCAUUUCCUCCGAUUCCUCUCUAUAUAACUCGUCGGCGACGACGAUGGACGAUGGCGGCAACGCGAUGAAGCUGUUUGGAUUCAACAUGGCCGAGACCGAUGAGCCCGCCGAGUUGGCCUCCGUCUCCUCCUCCUCCGCCAACGCUGCCGCCGCCACAGGUGGCAGCGGAGACAGGGCCAAGUAUGAGUGCCACUACUGCUGCCGCGAGUUCACUAAUUCGCAGGCGCUCGGCGGCCACCAGAACGCGCACAAGAAGGAGCGCCAGAAGAUGAAGCGCGCGCAGUUGCAGCAGCAGAACCUCGUCUUCGCCGCUUCCGCCGCCGCUAGCGGCGGUGGCCUACUGUUUCCUCGGAAUUCGAUCGGGUCGGCUUUCUCUCCUCCGGCGCAGCUACUCCGAGGCGCCUCAGUCCGGUGGCUCUACUUCUCCCGCACGCACGAGCCGACGGCCCCUGUGUCGGCGGCGGCGCCCAUGCACGUGUCUCACGGGUGCGCCUUCCCUUCUUAUUCGUCCACGACUGCGCCGGCCGUCUCGGGGCCCGCCGUCUUCGCCCGCGCUUCCACCGGCGACCCAGCUGCACCGUCGGUUCGGAGGAUCUCCGUUGAGAAGGGGACGCGCAAUUCGGCGGGCAACUCGCCCGUUCCGGCCGAGUCGUGCGAACUCGACCUCAAACUCAGCCUCGCUCCCGCCGGGUUGUGACUCGGAUCGGAGAAUCAGGAUAAACAUGCAGUGUUUUUACCUCAAAAAAAACAAAAAAUAAUAAUAAUUUGCUUCGAGUUAUUC